GUAGUUGCUCUGCGCAUGCGCAAUGUUGCAGAGGCUAGACGCCGUCUGCUUUGUUAGGAUCAUCGAUGCUGUUAGUUUCUGCGAAUCCGCUGCAAAUUGCGAGAGAUUACGGGGAAUAUUCGCAGUCUUUGUUGGUUAUUAGACAUUGUUAACUUAUUUUAAGUUCACAGCCAGCGCUUGUUUCGCCGUGAGGACGCUUCAGACGACAUAAGUGAGGAUCCUCUGUAUAUAAACAAAACGCAGCGAGCUGCUUUUUAAGGUGGCACGUCAAGGAUAGCUGCGACAACAAGACUUGUCCUAGUCCUGUUUGUUAAGUUAGCUAACUUCGCGUUGGCCGCGUUGUCAGCGAUGGAAAUCACCUUACAGCUUCGUUAGGAGUUAACCUCCAAAAUCUAUGCGUGCGAACAUGAGAGAAGAGGACAGUUUGUUGUCAGGAAGGCAGCCCAUGGCAAGUGAAAGGGGGGGUGAACAUCACUGCUGCUGCCCCUACUUGACAGAGGAGAAAGGAGCACUUGCUUACAAGAAGGGUGACCAGAGGCCUCCCGUUCAUUUGUCCGCGUCUGAGUAGUAUAAAAUCAGACUUGGGCACAAUAUGGAGACGGUGGGGAAAUUUGAGUUCAGUCGGAAGGACCUGAUAGGACAUGGCGCAUUUGCCGUCGUUUUUAAAGGCAGACACCGAGAGAAGCAUGACUGGGAGGUGGCAGUAAAGUGCAUAAACAAGAAGAACUUAGCCAAAUCCCAGACACUGUUGGGGAAAGAGAUCAAAAUACUCAAGGAACUGAAACAUGAGAACAUUGUUGCAUUACUGGACUUUCAGGAAACUGCCAGCUCAGUGUACCUGGUAAUGGAGUACUGCAAUGGGGGUGACCUUGCUGACUACUUACACUCCAAAGGGACGCUCAGUGAGGACACUAUUCGGGUUUUCCUGCAGCAGAUUGCAGGGGCAAUGAGGGUCCUACAGUCCAAAGGCAUAAUCCACAGGGACCUCAAACCCCAGAACAUUCUGCUCUCCUACCCACCAGGACGCAAGUCGCACUCCAACAACACCUGCAUUAAGAUCGCGGACUUUGGCUUUGCCAGGUACCUUCAGAACAACAUGAUGGCGGCAACACUCUGUGGGUCUCCUAUGUACAUGGCUCCCGAGGUCAUUAUGUCCCAAAACUAUGAUGCCAAGGCCGACUUGUGGAGUAUAGGAACCAUAGUGUUUCAGUGCCUGACUGGGAAGGCUCCAUUUCAGGCUAGCAGUCCCCAGGACCUCCGGCUGUUCUAUGAAAAAAACAAGACUCUCAGCCCCAACAUACCCAGAGAGACUUCAAGCCAUCUGAGGCACCUACUGCUGGGUCUGCUGCAGCGCAACCACAAGGAUCGCAUGGACUUUGAUGAGUUUUUUUGUCAUCCUUUCCUGGAGGCUAGCUCAUCUGUGAAAAAGACAACUCCUACUGUCUCCAUGACCUGCUUCCCAAGCUCUGCAUCAGCCAGCUCAUGUAGCAGCUCUUCCACCUCUCACCUCGCCUCACCACCGCAGUCUCUUGCUGAAGUUCAGCAUUUGCGUGCCAAAGCUCUGGCCUCCCCUACCCUGGAGGCCACUGGUUUUCUCCUUAAGGACUCUUCUGGAGGGGGUGGCAGCAGCAAGAACUCCUCCUCCUGUGACACAGAUGACUUUGUCAUGGUACCUGCUCACUUCACCAGUUUUCCAGCGGGUGAGCUGACAUGUGAGAGUAAAGUGCUGCCGGACAGCCUGAUGAACAGCGGCUCUCUUCUGGCUUCUGCUGGUCUGUGUAGCCAAGCCAAAACACCACCACACUCACCUUCCUACAGUGGGUCUCCAAGUCCUGUCAGGCCCAGUGAGCUCUCGGGAGGUAACUACGGUGGUAACUAUGGAAACCAUGGUCAGUCAUUGCCUAUCCCAGUCCCCAGCCAGCUCCAGAACUACCAGCGCAUGGAGCACAACCUCCAUUCUACCAAACAGGAUAGCUCACCACGGCUGUCAACACCAGUGCGUCGUUGCAGCAGUGGAAGCUUGUUGGGCUUUGCACGGACCGGGCCUUCACCACCCUACGGGCAGGGAGCAGUCACCACCAAUCACAGGCUUUCCCUGGGAAGCGCCAGACCUUUCCAUCUCUCCCCUCAAGCUCCUCAGCACAUUGAACCCCGGCCAACAUCUCAUCAACACCCACAGACCACAGGACUGGGCACACGGCUCCACAGUGCCCCCUGUUUGUUGGAGUGUGGCAGUGGUGGUGGCAGGCAAAAGAUCAGGAAGCAGCACUCGGACCCGGUGGUGGCCCCCUCGGCAGGCCUGAUGACUGUCCGCCCUCUACACUCUUCCCCCAGGCUCAGUGAGCUGAUGCAGCGUAGCCCCCUCCCCACCAUCCUGGGCUCCCCUUCCAGGACCAUCCCUCCAUUUGAAUUCCCCAAGCCGCCCAGCUCUCCGAACCUUGUUACCUUCCUGACACAGCAGGGUUUGGUCAUUGGCUCCCCUUGCAGCAGGACUGCCCCACCAGAGCCCAGAGACCCAGGACAACAAGCACCUACACAGGUCACCCAGCCUGCCCACUGCAUCCACAGACUGAAUGAUGAUACCAAGGGCUUUGGAAGGUCUCAGAGCGCCGGUCGUCUGUCUGACAUGCUGCUGAUGGCUGCAUUUGGACCAGGAGGACUUGUGGGUGACCGAGGCAGCACAGAGAACGUGACCUCUGAAAAAGCCAUAGACAUAACAGCGCCCCCCAGUGGUGGGGGAGGCCUUGCACCUGGCUCCUGCAGCCCAGCACAGGUGGUUUUCACUGUGGGCUCUCCUCCCAGUGGCAGCACCCCACCUCAUACCUCCAGACAGAGGAAAUACUCAGGCUCCUUCACUUCAGUCAGCCCUGCAGGCUCCUUAACAAGCCGCUACCCCCAGACAGGCACCUAUCUGGAUGGCUUUGAGGCUCCUUCUAGUCCACGCUACAGUUUCACUGAUCCUAUCACAGCCAACAUGGGCGGUCAUGUAACCUUCGAAGCUCCUGAGCUGCCUGAGGAGACGCUGAUGGAGCAGGAGCAUACAGACACUGUGCAAAGCCUGCGUUUCACGUUGGAUUUCGCCCGCUGUCUGAUGGAAGUGGCUGGAGCCCGUGGGGCCGCGGUGAUUGGGGAGCUGGGGGACAUUUCUCAUCCCUGCCUCCUUCAGCAGCAGAGCCUGGUAGCAGAUCAGAUAAGCUCACUGAGCCGAGAGUGGAGUCAUGCAGAACAGCUGGUUCUCUACCUUAAGACUGCAGAACUCUUGUCUACUGCCUUACACACAGCCAUGGAGCGAGUUAAACAGGGCAAACUCUACCCAUCCACUACAGUUAAACAAGUAGUGAGAAGGUUGAAUGAGCUGUACAAGUCCAGUGUGGCAUCCUGUCGCUCACUCAGCACCCGUCUGGAGCGCUUCUUUUCCAGAAAGCACCGUCUAAUGGACCAAAUCACCUCCAUCACAGCUGAGCGGCUGCUGUUCAGCCACACAGUGCAGAUGGUUCAGGCGGCUGCACUGGACGAGAUGUUCCAUCAGGGGGAAGCAUCAGCCCUGCGCUACCAUAAAGCUCUCCUGCUGAUGGAGGGCCUGUCUCUGCUGCUCACCGAACAGGAGGACAUCCUCAGUGUUAGCAAAUGUAAGGAGUGCAUUGAACGCCGCCUCACAGCUUUGCAGUCAGGACUCUGUGUUUGAGUACUACGCUGCUUCUUGGAGUGUGGCUAUGAUGUCAGUCAUUUGCACCCGACACAUUACCAAGGAACCAAAUAUCCACCCACAUCUCAUGGUUUUCACUUAGAAAUGCUUUAGUUUUCACAAGAAAACCACAAGGCUUCACUUUUCACCGAACUAUCAGGGUUUGUGCUCUCUAAAUGGCUUGUCAUUCAUCUCAAGUUAUGGACAGUGGCAGUGACUUCCCCAACGUUAAACUUGUACCAGUGUUGGACAUGAAGCACUUGUGCUGUGAAAGAAUGUCUGCACUCUCGUCUAUGUGAGAGGACUUUGCUCCUGGCACUGAACAUGGUAUUUCUUUUGCCAAGAAGAAGAUUCCCCUCACUAGGCGUAACACAUGCAGGAUCAAUUAUUGUCAGUGGUCACAUACCCACACACAGUACUUAUCUAAACAUAAAUAGAUAGCGUUUUAAGAUGGACAAAUAUUCAAGCUAUGAAUUUGCAAUAGGCAACUCUAUAGACAAAAUGUUAUAUUUUACCAAGAUCAGUUGCUGGAGGGAAAGUACAGUAUCUGCUGUACACCUACAUAUAAUGAGGACAUGCUGAUGAAGACCUGGAAUGGCCAAGUAUCAUUAACAUCAAAUGUGUGUUUGUCUUAUCACCCCUUGUUUGCUUUCCUGCGUUUAUUUUUUCUGUUUUUUAGUCUAAUUGUUACUUGCUUGCUGAAGGGAAGUAUAAAUAGCAAUUCUACAGUUGGUGGCUGGAAGCGCAUACAAGCACUAUUACAAAACUGUUGCCAAAAUGACUUUCAAAAUUUAGUGUUGUUAUUGUGUUAGGUUUUAUUUUAGAUUCUCUGUAGCUAAAUAUGCUGGUUUGGAGAAAAAUUCCUGUGUUUGACACUUUACUGAUUCUAUACUUGCUUAAUGUCAAAGGCCACGUCCCAUCUUUAUAACAAUGAUGUAAUAAGGAUUUUGUUAUCUAAAUGGUGGCAGGUAUUAAAGCAACAGGCAGAAAAUGGGUACAGAGAACACUAAGUAACCCACUGCUACAUGCAGAAUAUAGUUAUAGACGUACUGAAACUUGUCUGUUAGCAUCCCUGAUAACAAUCAUGUUAAAGAUGCUGCAAUAACCUGGGAUGUAUUAUUCAGGUAUACAGAAGCGUAGGUGCUGCUGUUGCUGGUCAUUUCUUCACACGAUUCCAUAUUCUGUCUGUUUUUAUGUUAUCAAUCAAUCAUGUUGGAGUUUAGCAAGUAUAAACACAUUUGAAUGUAGGGCUAACAGGAGAGAGACUGCAUUAAGAUUAGCCAAGUGUUAGAUAACUCUAUUUUAAGUCUAUCCCAGGGCUAACGUCUCAAUGUUUUUGCACUGUUGAAGUACUGUAUAGAACAAUCUUGAGUGGAACAUGCUAAACAUGUCCAGGUUUGUAGACACCUAGACAGCUUUGCUUAUUUAAAGAUUUCUACUUCCAUACUUUUCUUGCAGUUUUAGUUGUAUUAUAGUUACUGUUAAAAGGUAAUGUAUGUUUGAUAUGAGGAUGUUGACUAAGAGAUGGUAUAAGCUAUGAAACCAUAGAAGGAAAAGAAAAAUUGCUUUACACUGAAAAAUGAUUUGCAUCGAUUGUGUUGUGUUCUAUUUCAGAGUAGUCGGUGUGUGAUGAUUGUGUUUGAUUUUGAUGAAAAGUGUCCUGUUGAGUUGGAGUGCUAGUCGAAAAUGUGUAUUUUACCUGAAAUAUUUGUGUAUUGUUGAUAUUGACUUUAGCCAUACAUCCCAACAGGAUACCUUUACUCCCCUAAAUUGUGGGCCAAUUGGAAGGGUCAGCUUCUACUUGGGUUGCUUUCAAAGAGAAGUUUGUGUGCAUGCAUGGGUGAAGUGAUGUUUGGUGACUUAAUAGACAGUGGGAUUUGCUCUGUACAGAACGAACAACAUUGCUCUGUAACAAGAUGCGAAUUAUUUGAUUUUGAUUACAGUGGAUUUGCAUGGAUGUAGUUGACUCUGGGUAGAAUCCCACUUUGCCAUAUGAAACUAAAACAUCCUCUGAAACCAAGGGUUCCUCUGGUGUAACCCACUGCCAGGCCGUUUUCCCCGAGGUAUAUUUUCCUCUGCCUUCAAUUAAUUUGGCGACUAAGUGCAUAUUUUAGAAUAAGGUGUUAAUGUAUAGUCAGAGCUGAAGAUAGUUUACGCUGAGAUUAUGAAGCCUAUAUAGUAGCACUGUCAGCAGAACAGACUGGAGGAAAGGUUUUUCUCAGUGAAGAUUUCUCUAAAUAUACAUUAUGUGUAUUUGCUUUGUGGCCUUUUGUAUUUUGUCAGAGAACUUUCUCUGAAAUUUUCAUGGAUAUUACUUUACCGCGAGCAUUCUGCGUGUUUAUAAUAUUUGUUUGUGUGUACAUUCCUUAAAUCAACUCAUCCACAGGCUCUCUGGUCUCUUACCCAUGCUGUUCUUUUCAGUGAGUACAUAGUGGCGAUGUCUCAAAAGAUACAGCUAGCAGAAAGUGAGGACAUCUAACCUUUAUAAAACCGAUGCAUGUGUCACUUUUUAUCGUUCCCUACAAUCAUUGCUAUCGGCCAUCUUAAUGAUGAUUAUCUUGGGUAGGAGUCAAAAGCACCAUUAAGAUAAUCUGUGCAGCAGUUGAAAUAAUAAUAAGAGUAUAGUGGUACAGAAGGUUUGUGUAGGAAGUGUGGGGACAGUGCCCUAUGUCAAGCACGUAUCUAGUCUGCUGAAGUGUCCUUGAGUGAGAUACCGAUUCCUUACCAGCUCCAGGACAAGUAUCACAUAAAGAUAAAAUGAAUUGUAACCUUCAUGAAGAUUCUGCUAUGUGCACUCCCAUGAUAGAUUGAUUUGGAAUAUUGUUUUUGUAUGUUUAAGAACAUACCUGAAUGUUUUCAUUUUGUGUUUUUCUUUACUAAUUCUGUAUUGCCUGUAAAUAUUGUAAAUUAAGUUAUUGUUGUUAUUGUGUACAUGAUGCUGCAGGCAUGGAGAGGACAGUACCAUACCACCUAUACAUUUCCAAAGAAUAGGCCUUCUGCUGAUCUUCCACAUUGUCUCUUACUGUUGCAAACGCAUUUUAAUGUUGUCAUAUCUAUGACAUACACACUAUCUCAGUGUCCCUGUGUGUGAUGUAACCUUUACUGUUUGAGAGUAGCAACAUGAAUAAAGUGAAAAGGAAAGGUAA